AGGACUUUUGUGCCUGCUAAUUGCACCAUUUGUGCGCAAAAAUUCCGACGCAAAGUGUGAACACUCAACAAAAGGAAACAUGAGACAACUGAUGUGCCCUGGUUUGUGUGCCCUGCUCCUCCUCCGCCGCCGCCUCCUCUUCUUUCUCCUUCCUCCCGCGGAGCCCGCUGUUGCAGCUUGUUUGCACUGGGUCUUAUCCGGAGCGGAAAUUCCUUUCCGUUUUUGUGAAUGACAAACUCAUUAACAAUUCAUCAACACAACCUGUUCCAACCGGCCCGUACCCACGGCAACAGCCACUUCCGCAGCGCGCUCAUUGGCUGGCUCGGAGAAUGUAUCCAUUGAGACGCUAGCUGUUUGUAUCCAUUGAGGAGCUGCCUCGCGCAGGGGGUGUGCGAAGGCUGAGACUAAGGGACUGUAAGCAAAUCGAGGCUUGAAUAAUCCGAGCAGAAAGACGCCCGGGUGGAUUUGAGGUGCAGCCUUGGAGGGAGGGUUUAGGAGCCGCUGGACUUUUUUUCUUCCUCCUCUUUCAAGUAGCACGAAGUCCGAAUUAAAUGGAUUUCAUUCACUAAGGAGGAACAAAACUGUCUGGGCAGCUCCAUUCAGAGAGAUCCAUUGACACCAAAGGCGGCUGCAGCUCUGUGCAGAGGGAACUGCGGCUUCACUUCUGUCUCGCCUUCCCCAACCACUAACCGGGGUUUGGAAAAGGCGAGGCGGAAUUAAACCCUGCUCCCGGAGCGGCGGCUUUGCGCGACGCGGUCAGCCUAUGCCUGCCCCACGGGGCGUCUGGUAGGCACCUCGCCUUCGCCCUCAGCUCGACCCCCAUGAUAGAUACGCUCAGACCCGUGCCCUUCGCGUCGGAAAUGGCGAUCAGCAAGACGGUGGCGUGGCUCAACGAGCAAUUGGAGCUGGGUAACGAGAGAUUGCUGCUGAUGGACUGCCGGCCACAGGAGCUGUACGAGUCGUCGCACAUCGAGUCGGCCAUCAAUGUGGCCAUCCCAGGCAUCAUGUUGCGGCGCCUGCAGAAGGGUAAUCUGCCGGUGCGUGCGCUCUUCACGCGCGGCGAGGACCGGGAUCGCUUUACCCGGCGCUGCGGCACCGACACCGUGGUGCUCUACGACGAGAGUAGCAGCGACUGGAACGAGAACACGGGUGGCGAGUCGGUGCUCGGUCUACUGCUCAAGAAGCUCAAGGACGAGGGCUACCGAGCAUUUUACCUGGAAGGUGGCUUCAGUAAGUUCCAAGCCGAGUUCGCCCUGCACUGUGAGACCAAUCUAGACGGUUCGUGUAGCAGCAGCUCACCGCCCUUGCCAGUGCUGGGCCUCGGGGGCCUGCGGAUCAGCUCCGAUUCCUCCUCGGACAUUGAGUCUGACCUUGACCGAGACCCCAAUAGUGCCACGGACUCGGAUGGCAGCCCGUUGUCCAACAGCCAGCCAUCCUUCCCGGUAGAGAUCUUGCCCUUCCUCUACCUAGGCUGUGCCAAGGAUUCCACCAACCUGGACGUAUUGGAAGAAUUCGGCAUCAAGUACAUCUUGAAUGUCACCCCCAAUUUGCCGAAUCUCUUUGAGAACGCAGGAGAGUUCAAAUACAAGCAGAUCCCCAUCUCCGAUCACUGGAGCCAAAACCUGUCCCAGUUUUUCCCUGAGGCCAUUUCUUUCAUAGAUGAAGCCCGGGGCAAAAAUUGUGGCGUCUUGGUGCAUUGCCUGGCUGGCAUCAGCCGCUCCGUCACGGUCACUGUGGCCUACCUUAUGCAGAAGCUCAAUCUGUCCAUGAACGAUGCUUAUGACAUAGUCAAGAUGAAGAAAUCCAACAUCUCCCCCAACUUCAACUUCAUGGGCCAGUUGCUGGACUUCGAGAGGACACUGGGACUGAGCAGCCCCUGUGACAACCGAGUCCCUGCACAGCAGCUGUAUUUCACCACUCCCUCGAACCAGAAUGUCUACCAAGUGGACUCCCUGCAGUCCACGUGAAAGGACCCCAUGCCCCUCUUCACUAUGGUGGGGCCGUUCUUCUGCGGUUUCUUGGCAGCAUCGGCUGGGCUGCUUUGUUUGUGUGUGGCCCUUGGUGUCAAAAUGGCACCAGCUGCCUGUAUUAGACAAGGUUACCAAGUACGAAAUUAGCUAUUACAAAGAGGGAUAGAUUUUCUCCAUUCCUUUUGGAGGAACAGGACAUGCUGUAUUAGAUACAGGCAGUAGUUUUGCUCUGUACCCAGGUGUACAACCUACCCAUGCAGGGACUGGAAUUCAAGGACUUCCAGGUAUAUAGGGUAGGACCAAAUGGCAGGGUAGGAGUACGUGUUCCUUAGGGCCUUGUACAUGGCUGUUUCCUUUGCAUCUGGAACUGACUAUAUAUUGUCUUCAGUGAAGACUGAUUCAAUUUUGCAUAUAGAGGAGCCAAAGAGAGGUUUCAGCUCUGUAUUUGUGGAAUCAGUUUCAAAAAAAAAAAAAAAAUCUGAGGCUAAAUUUGAUUAUUGUAAAUAUUUGAUUUUAAAUCACUUGACGCAGUGUUUGUUUGAAUUGUGUUUGUUUUCUCUUUGAUGGGUUUAAAAGAAAUUGUCCAAAGGGAGAAAGAGGCAGUAUGUCACUUCUUAAAACAGGAAAAUAGAAAAUUUUGCUCUUUUCCAAUCCAAAGGGUCUAUUUGCAGCAUGCUCAGCUUUACUGUACCAACUCUGAAUGACAUUUUUCAUGGACAAUAUUAUCACUAAGAUCUUGUGGUGCAGUCUUGAGUCUCUUUCAUGUAUCUUCUUGUGAUUUUUUUCUUCUUAAUGUUGUUUGACUAUGCCAUACCUUUGUAAGUAGUUUGGCUUAUGUUGUCUCAAAAGCUAUUUCUUAGAAAGACACCAAAAUCAUGGGCUCACUUUUUUUUUUUUUUAAAAACUUCAGCUGUGCUAAACAGUAUAUUACCUCUGUAUAAAAUUCUUCAGGGAGUGUCACCUCAAAUGCAAUAUUUUGAGUUGGUUUCCUUCCUUUUUUAAAAAAAAAAAAAUUUGUAUAAAACUGGAAGUGUGUGUGUGAGCAUGGGUACCCUAAGUGAAAUGCAUCUGAUUGUUAACAAGGGAGAGUUAAAUUGCUCCAUUAUGUUCAUGGUGUAAAGUUUUGAGCUGGAAUUUAUUAUAAGAAUGCAAAAUCUUAAAUUAUUAAUAAAUAACUAUUUUGGCUAUUGAA